CUGUUUCCCCCGGCUCUGCCCCAUGCCUCUGCUGUGUCGGUUGACAGCCUUGUUGCUAAAUUCAAGUGGAGAGAGCAUGAUUUCGCCUAACUUGAUGUUUCUGGCGCUAGGUUCCAUGUGCCCUAGUGGCGAGCAGCACAGCUCACUGCAACACACAGCCUGGCAGGCAGCAGAGGCACGAGAGAACAUUCAUGCGAGAAGUGGAUGCACACAGUACGCCCGUACUUCCCUCUUUGUCCUCUUUGUCUUUCACAGCGACAACUCAGCCCGUAGUGGCUCAGGGGGCAGUAAACCAAGUGGCCAUCAUGGGUUACGCAAGAACAUGAAAAGCGUUGGCAACGUCGCUUUCACAGGGUGGGCGGAGGCAGUGCAAGCGUGCGACGGCAAGGAGCAUGACCAGUGUUCGUGUUGA